AUGGCUCCGAACGUGGACCCAGCUGUUAUUGAAGCUCUGCAACUCGACCCGGAGCAGACCAAAAUUGCGUCGCACGGAGGAUCUGGGUUUGCGUCCUCUUUCAAGCUCAUGUCAGUCGUCGAUGGUCAGCCCAUCAAAUUCUUCGUCAAGACUGGCAGCGGCAAGGAGGCGGAGGUCAUGUUCACGGGUGAACAUGAGUCGCUGAACGCCAUUCACGAUGCCGUACCCAAUUCCUGCCCCAAGUCACAUGCCCACGGAAAGUAUCAGUCGUCACCUGGUACGCACUUCAUGGUCACGGAUUUUCUGGACCUUGGUUCUUCGGCCGCGGGCGGUUCUGGGCUGUCUCUGGCCGCAAAGCUGGCCAAAAUGCACACAACCCCCGCGCCAAUCCCAGAGGGCUAUGAUAAGCCCAUGUAUGGCUUCCCCGUGACCACAUGUUGCGGUUCGACGCCCCAAGACAAUUCAUGGAAAGAGUCAUGGGCCGAGUUCUAUGCUGAGAACCGACUGCGAAGCAUUCUGCGUGCUGGCGUCCAGAAUAAUGGCACGGACGGGGAGCUGUCCAAAGCCGUGGAGACGGUAGCGAGCAGGGUCGUACCGCGGCUGAUCGGCGACGACCACGUUAAAGGGAUGAAGCCGGUGUUAAUCCACGGCGAUCUUUGGAGUGGGAACCAUAGCCGGGGGCAGAUUGCCGGCAAGGGCGGUGCGGAAGAGGUUGUCUACGAUUCGUCGGCUGUGUACGGCCACUCUGAGUAUGAGCUUGGCAUCAUGAGGAUGUUUGGCGGUUUCGGCAGCAGCUUCUGGAACGAGUACAACAAGCUGGUCCCAAAGGCGGAGCCCAAAGAGGAAUGGGAAGAUAGAGUUGCGUUGUACGAGCUGUAA